AUGAAGAUAGUCCCCUUCCCCGUUCGUCAAACCAACUUAAUGCAUCUAGUGAUUGGUCCCAACAACUCAAUCAUCUUAGUCGAUCCAAUUGAACCCCAAAAAAUCAAAGAUUAUCUACAAAAUCAAAACAUGCCUUCCGAUAAAGUCAUUGUCCUUACCACCCACGGUCAUGAAGAUCAUAAUUCCGGCAAUCUCUCAUUAAACCAUUACUUUCCAGAAGCCCAAAUCUUCGCCGGUUCCGAACGUUCUUUUGCCCAUUCCAUUUGUCAGCCCGACCAAAUCAUUCCAUUGGACCAUCUUACUAUUCAAUGCAUUCACAUCCCCGGACACACUCUCGAUAGUUUUGCCUUCUUCCUCCAGGACCACCAAACCCAGCAAAAGAUCCUUUUCCCAGGAGACACUCUCUUCUAUCUCGGUUGUGGCAAGAUCUUUGAAGGCACACCCACUAUGAUGUACCACUCCCUAGCCAAGCUAACCAGUCUUCCCCCGGACACUCUUAUCUUCUACGGCCACAACUAUACCGAACCCAAUCUACGUUUCCGCCAGCACAUACUCAACCAAGACCCGCCCAGCAACCUCCCCCCAACCAAUCUCACUAUUGAACAAGAGAAGCAGUACAAUCUUUUCCUCAAUCCCAGCCUACUCAGCCACCACCCAGAUUUUACUCACCUAACUCCCAUCCAAUCCCUAGCCCGUCUCCGCCACCUCAAAGACCAUUUCACCGCCUAA